UAAAUAAUUCAAGACCGAGACCAAGAGGCUAAAAUGCACAGCACAACCGAAUAAAACCUCGAAUUAGAAGGAAAAUGGCUCAAAUGGGUCCCUAUCUCUGCAAGUUCUAGUUAAGCAAACAAACAAAAUGGUCUGGGACAAAUGAUUAUUGUAACUCAAGAAGAUUAGAAGAAAAUGUAAUUAGCUCCCAAGCUUCUUCCUGUUCCUCAGCCUUCUUCCACUCUCCAACUCCCCAGCCGUGAAUUUAACCAAGGCUCCCUUACCCACACCAAAAAAGUCCCUGCUGCAAAGCUGGGAGGGUUAACAGAGCUGGUACCCCAGCCUGCCAGCUAACCAAAGGAGACAGCCGGUGAGGCCCCGAGCCCGCCCCCUGCCAAGCCUCCCAGCCAAUGGGCGCCCGCGGGGAGUGUGGCGCUGCGUCCCAUUGGCUGCCCACCUACGUGCAUAAGAAAGCAAGCGAGAGGCAGGCAGGGCAGCAUUGUUAUCUUAAGACACUCAGCUGGAGCCUGAGUCUGCAGGUGAAACUGCUUAGGUACCAGCACGGAGUCAGAGCGGGGACGCGCCGGGCUGCAGCCGGGGAUGGAAUCCGCCCGCCUGGGACGCUGCUCUGCUCGCGGCUCCUCGGGCAGCGCCUCCGCUGAGCUCGGAGGAUCCCGCUAGCACUUGCCCAGGGAUGUGCACCUGCCGUGCGCGGCGAGCGCCCGGGCAGGUCUGCAGGCAGCCGCGGGAGCGGUGAAGCCAGAGGAGCUGUCUCUGCCCAUGUGCAAAGCAGCGAUUCCGGGAGAGAGACAGAGGGCAGGUGAGUCUCUUUAGAGUUGGAAGGAAGGCAAGAUCUCGGGUUUCUCAUCGUUGGAGGGACAGGAGACUCCCCGGGUCGGGUUUGGCACUUUCUUUCCCUCUCCACCCGCGUGCGCCCCUGCCCGGCGUCGAAACCCCACUUCAAACAUGCUGUGGGUGCCGGGAAUCCUUGCUGCUCAGCUGGAAGGCAGCAGGCAAGUGGUCUGACGGCGGCGGCGGCGGCGGCGGCGGCAGCAGCAGCAGCAGCAAAGCGGGGAGCAAGAGAAUUUGAAAAGAGACAUCCGCUCCCUCUCACACGCCGAGGGGGAGCCAUUCGCGUUCCCCCAAAUGAGAAGGAGCCACAAGAAAUCAUGAAGUAAAAACUUUGGAAAGCAGCCACUGGAGAUGUUGCACAAAAACCUGGAAUCUUUUAGGAGUCUCCUCCCAGUCGGUGGAGGUUUGGGGAGCAGCUGAUACAGCAAGGAGAGCUCUCGCAAGGAUUCAAGUUCCAGGAGUCCUGGAGGAGCGGCUCAGAGCGGGAGAGGGUGGCGAGAGAAUGAAGAAACCAACCUCCCGGGAGAAGCAUGAGGUGGCAGUGCGGCACUCGGUUUAGAGGGCCCCGGCCGGCGGCGGCCCCGUGGGCAACCCUGCUGGCCCUGGGCCUCCCCGGUUGGGUGCUGGCUGUCUCGGCCACGGCGGCCGCCGUGGUCCCCGAGCAUCGUGCCUCCCCCGCCGGCCAGCCGCCCCUGGACUGGCUGCUCACAGACCGGGGCCCCUUCCACCGCGCGCAGGAGUAUGCCGACUUCGUGGAGCGCUACCGCCAGGGUUUCACCACCAGGUACAGGAUCUACAGGGAGUUUGCUCGCUGGAAAGUGAACAACUUGGCUCUAGAAAGGAAGGACUUCUUUAGUUUGCCAUUGCCUCUUGCCCCAGAGUUCAUCCGGAACAUCCGUCUCCUCGGAAGGAGACCCAACCUGCAGCAGGUCACAGAAAACCUGAUCAAAAAGUACGGCACUCAUUUCUUACUUUCUGCCACCCUCGGAGGCGAAGAGUCCCUGACCAUUUUUGUGGACAAGCGGAAACUGAGCCGAAGGUCAGAAACAGCCGGAAGUGCCCCUGCGGUCGGGGGCAGUGGGAACAGCUCGGCCGUGUCCCUGGAGACCCUGCACCAGCUGGCGGCCUCCUACUUCAUCGACAGGGAGAGCACCCUGCGACGGCUGCACCACAUCCAGAUAGCCACAGGGGCCAUCAAGGUCACAGAGACCAGGACCGGCCCCCUGGGCUGCAGCAACUACGACAACCUGGACUCGGUCAGCUCUGUCCUGGUCCAGAGUCCGGAGAACAAAGUGCAGUUACUUGGCCUGCAGGUGCUGCUGCCCCAGUACCUGCGGGAGCGCUUCGUGGCCGCGGCGCUCAGCUACAUCACGUGCAGCUCCGAGGGCGAGCUCGUCUGCAGGGAGAAUGACUGCUGGUGCGAGUGCAGCCCCACCUUCCCGCAGUGCAACUGUCCCGACGCCGACAUCCAGGCCAUGGAGGACAGCCUGCUGCAGAUCCAGGACUCCUGGGCGACGCACAGCCGGCAGUUUGAGGAGUCAGAGGAAUUCCAGGCCCUGCUGAAGAGGCUGCCGGACGACAGGUUCCUCAACUCCACGGCCAUCUCCCAGUUCUGGGCCAUGGACACCAGCCUCCAGCACCGCUACCAGCAGCUGGGAGCCAGCUUGAAAGUGCUGUUCAAGAAGACCCAUCGGCUGGUCCGCCGGCUCUUCACCCUGUGCAAGCGCUGUCACCGGCAGCCCCGCUUCCGCCUGCCCAAGGAGAGGUCCUUGUCCUACUGGUGGAACCGAAUCCAGUCCCUCCUCUACUGUGGAGAAAGCAUCUUCCCCGGCACCUUCCUGGAGCAGAGCCACAGCUGCACCUGCCCCUAUGACCAGUCUUCCUGCCAGGGCCCCAUCCCGUGUGCCCUGGGGGAAGGGCCUGCCUGUGCCCACUGCGCUCCGGACAAUAGCACACGCUGCGGGAGCUGCAACCCGGGCUACGUGCUUGCCCAGGGCCUGUGCCGCCCAGAGGUGGCCGAGUCCCUGGAGAACUUUCUGGGGCUGGAGACGGACCUGCAGGACCUGGAGCUGAAGUACCUGCUGCAGAAGCGGGACAGCCGCAUCGAGGUGCACUCCAUCUUCAUCAGCAACGACAUGCGCCUGGGCAGCUGGUUCGACCCAUCCUGGAGGAAACGCAUGCUGCUCACCCUGAAGAGCAACAAGUACAAGCCCGGGCUGGUGCACGUGAUGCUGGCCUUGUCCCUGCAGAUCUGCCUCACCAAGAACAGCACGCUGGAGCCCGUCAUGGCCAUCUACGUCAACCCCUUCGGGGGCAGCCACUCCGAGAGCUGGUUCAUGCCCGUGAACGAGGGCGACUUCCCCGACUGGGAAAGGACUAACGUGGACGCGGCCGCCCAGUGCCAAAACUGGACUAUCACCUUGGGAAACAGGUGGAAGACCUUCUUCGAGACAGUUCAUGUUUACCUACGGAGCCGCAUCAAGUCCCUGGAUGACAGCUCCAACGAGACAAUCUACUACGAGCCCCUGGAGAUGACCGAUCCGUCCAAGAACCUGGGCUACAUGAAAAUCAACACCUUACAGGUCUUUGGCUACAGCCUGCCCUUUGACCCGGACGCCAUCCGGGACUUAAUCCUCCAGUUAGACUACCCGUAUACCCAAGGUUCCCAGGACUCAGCCCUCUUGCAGCUCAUAGAGCUUAGGGACCGGGUCAACCAGCUGUCUCCACCGGGCAAGGUCCGGCUCGACCUCUUCUCCUGCCUGCUCCGGCAUCGGCUCAAGCUGGCCAACAACGAGGUGGGCAGGAUCCAGUCCUCCCUGAGGGCUUUCAACUCCAAGCUGCCAAACCCCGUGGAGUAUGAGACGGGCAAGCUCUGUAGCUAACUGGGGGCCCACUCCAGUGCUGGGUAGGGAGGGAUCCAGGAAUCUGGGGUGCAAAGAUCACCCAAGCCCUUACCUUAGUGCCAACAGGGUGCUCCCCUGAGACUGUCAGCGCCCAGCAGACGGGACCUCGGGGCUUGGACUGAAGCAGGCAGGAGAGCGAGAAACAGCCACUGCAUACACACACACACUCACCACGCUCGUGCACACAUGCACACACACACACACACACUCACACAGGGAGCCCUACAGCUCUGCAGCCUUGAAUCUGUACCGCCGGUGCUUUCCCAGAUGAAUGCAGUUGAAGGAGAGGUGCCAAGGGAGAGAUUCAAAAACAGAACCGGCCAAACCGCGCAACCAACAAAUCCUUAAAAGUGAUUCUUACCAUUCAGGAGAGCAAGAGGGAACAGCAGUGGGAGGGGCAGGAGCGCGGCCUCCCUCUCUGUGGAGUCACUUUUGUAUUCUUUUUAACCAGAUUUCUUAAAAUGGUGUUGUUUCGUGAUUCCCCACGUUGGUUCUUACUUUUUGUACGCUGCCUCUUCUGAGCCCUCCGGACACUCUGACUGCACCCCGAGCCAGCUCCCUCGGGAAACUCAAGAAGCGACACCCACGGAGGACCACUCAGGGCAGGCGGCCAGCCCUGCUCCCCAUCCCUCCCGCGGCCCCCUUGCUUCCUCGGCCUCCCCAGUUUCGGGGCCUGGCUUGUUCCAGGUUCCCCGUGGCCCAGCCAGAGUUCCUCUUCCAACCGCACCACCCGUUUGGUCCACGACAGCAGCUCUGGCAAGUAAGAGAGAGACCAUGUAUAGGGAAAUGUUCUUUUAAAAAAAAAAACAAAAAACCCCCAAAAUAUUUAUUUUGUGAUUGUUUUUCUUGUCAAUCUGCUCCAGCCACGUGAACAUAUGAGUAAAAAUUUACCUGGUUUAAUAUA